UAUACUACAAAGCCACAAAUUUAUCGCCCUCCGCCACCACAGUCACUGCUCGCCCCCGCCAUCCUCUCCGGCCUUCAGCCCCGCCCCAACAAGUUUCAGAGAAAGGAUCAAGAUGCCCAAGGGAGAGAAAAUCGUCCUCGGACGAGCUUUAGUGAAGCACCAUAAUCAGAUGAUAAGGGAGACCAAGGAGAAAGGCAAGUUAUACCGAAGCCAGCACAAGAAGGUUCUCGAAUCCGUGACUGAGGUCAGCGACAUCGAAGCCGUCAUCGAACAGGCCGACGAAGCUCACCGCCUUUACUCCUCUCUCAAUCCUGGCCAAUUCCCCAUCAAUUUGGAUUCUGCUUCCGGCACAAUUGAUAUGACACCAGAAGAAAGAAAAGAGCAACAGAAGAGAGAGGAAGCUUUGCACGCCAGCAGUCUCCGUAUUCCUCGAAGGCCACCAUGGAAUGCUAAAAUGUCUGUUGAAGAGCUUGACGAUAAUGAAAAACGAGCAUUUCUAGAGUGGCGCCGCAGUCUUGCAAGGCUCGAGGACAAUGAAAAUCUAGUUCUUACUCCAUUUGAGAAAAAUCUGGAUAUUUGGAGACAGCUUUGGAGAGUGCUUGAACGCAGUGAUCUGAUAGUGAUGGUUGUUGAUGCAAGAGACCCGCUUUUCUACCGUUGCCCUGAUUUAGAGGAAUAUGCACGAGAGAUUGAUGAACACAAAAACACUCUGCUCCUCGUGAACAAGGCAGAUCUUCUGCCAUUCUCUGUUAGGGAACAAUGGGCUAAUUACUUCCAUGAACAUGGUAUUCUCUUUCUUUUCUGGUCGGCUAAAGCUGCGACUGCUGCUUUAGAGGGGAAGGAGCUCAGUUUGUCCAUUGGUACCCAGCAAGACUUAGCUAAUUCUGGAACGAAAGUAUAUGGUAGAGAUGAGCUACUUGCGCGGCUGCAAGCUGAAGCUGAGAAUAUUGUCUUAAAGAGAAGCCGAUCUAAGUCCACUGACGUGGACUCAUCAGACGUGCAUUCUCAUGAUGAAAGUGUUUCUGAGCACGCACCACCUCGCAAUGUAGUUGUCGGAUUUGUUGGAUAUCCCAACGUAGGAAAGAGUUCCACAAUCAAUGCUUUGGUGGGAGAGAAGAGGACCGGUGUAACCUCAACUCCUGGAAAGACCAAACAUUUCCAGACAUUGAUAAUAUCCGAGAAACUUACUCUCUGUGAUUGCCCAGGACUGGUGUUUCCAUCCUUCACUAGUUCAAGAUACGAGAUGAUUGCAUCUGGGGUCUUGCCUAUCGAUCGCUUGACAGAGCACCGUGCGGCUGUGCAGGUGAUUGCAGAUCGAGUGCCAAGAUCCGUUAUUGAGAGCGUCUACAAAAUCAAAUUGCCAAAACCCAAGUCAUACGAGCUACAAUCACGGCCCCCUUUGGCAGCAGAGCUUCUAAGAGCAUACUGUGCCUCUCGUGGUUAUGUAGCCUCAAGUGGACUACCAGAUGAGACCAAAGCUUCACGCCUGAUGCUCAAGGAUUACAUUGAUGGGAAGCUUCCCCAUUAUGAAAUGCCACCAGAUAUAUCAAAUGAUGAAGAUGAUGGCGAGGAUGCAACCGAACACAGCUCUCCACAUGAAUCAGACCUAUCUGACGAUGAAGAUCCUCCAGUUGCUGCAGAUGAAGCUGCAGCUGGUCUGGAGCACGAGCUGAGUGAUCUGAAUUCUUUCGACAUCGACAAUGGGUUGACUUCUGCCAAGACUGCUGUUAAGAAAAGGGAAACUAAACCUCAUAAACAGCAUAAGAAGCCCCAAAGAAAGAAGGAUAGGACGUGGAGGGUAAAAGACAACGAUGGAGACGGGAUGGCGGUAGUCAGGGUAGUCCAAAAGCCAGCAAGUGGAAGAGGCCCUGUUAUUGCUUGAAAGGGGGUCCCUCUUCUUAGUAGCGAUGCAAGAGUCCACGUCCAAGUGAUAAACGAGCUGGAGUCGGGGCAGCGGCUGAGCGUGCACUGCCGGUCAAAGGAGGACGACCUCAGCCACCGGAUCUUGGAGGCGGGCGACGCCAUGGAAUGGAGUUUCAGUGUCAAUUUUGU